AUGAAGCUAUCUAGUACCAAACCCAAACCCAUUUCUAGUCCAAGUAGAAUGGAAAAAUUCCCAUCACCAUUAAUGAGAUUCUUAAAAACAAAUGCAGGAAACAGAAGCAGAGGAAGGUUAAAAUCAAAAUCAAGUAACUCUAUGUUCCAAAUCCUAAGGAAAAAGAACACUACCAGUACCUCCAUCGAAACCAAGGAACCUUCUUCCCCAAAAGUCACUUGCAUGGGUCAAGUUCGCUCCUCCAAACAAACCACCGCUAAAAAGGGUCUAUCCGGCGACGGAGCUCCGACUAAAUGCCGCUGCCGGUUUUGGUGGUUCCCACAUACAGAUUGCUGGUUUCGAAGAAAGGGAAAAGCCUCUAAAGCUUCAACGAAGAAUGGACCGAAAUCGAAAGAAUCAGAAAGAGAACAACAACAACAACAACAUGAAGAAGAAGAAGAUAACAGACAAGUUAAAGUUAAAGCUUUUGUUUCUACGCCUCCGAGAAAUGCUUUAUUACUAACGAGGUGUAAAUCAGCACCUUAUAGUUCUUCUUCAUUAGCAAGUAGGUUUUGGGAUUCUCCGGCAAGGAGCGAAGAAACAGAGCAACCCAAUGAGAAACAGAGUGAGUCCGUUUCGAAGCUGCGGUUUUUCACAGAACUUGAAGAUUCAGUGAGAGAAAGAAUGAAUGAGUCUGAAAGUGUUGGUGAAUUGAAGAGAAAGGAAGAAGAUAAAGUAGACUCUGUAGGGUUUCCAAUAGUGCUAACGAGGUGCAAAUCUGAAAGAACAAGAAGAUUUUGA